AUGCGAGAUGUGAAUGCACCAAACACGAACUACAGAUGGCGGCAUAAUGGCGGUGUCGUCGUCACAUCGUGGAAUGACCAGCUCAGUGUGUCUAUUGAUGAUGUUGCUGUGAGUGAUGGAGGAGUCUACAGCUGCUUCGUAUCUGACCAGGAGAAUCAACAACUGCAUGGGAUCAUGAGACUCAUUGUGCGAGGUUGUUCUGAUGGAAAAUGGGGGCCACCAUCCUGCCUGAACCUUUGUCGACGGUGUUACAACGGAGGCAUAUGUGAUGACAUCACAGGAAACUGUGUCUGUGCUCCGGGUUUCAGUGGUGAAUACUGCGAACAAGUUCAUGGCCGUUAUGUCUUUGGCCAAUCAGCUCGUCAUAACUGCUCCAAUACCAGCGAUCCACACGACGACGCUUGCCGGGGUCGUUUGUUUUGUCUUCCUGAUCCUUACGGAUGCUCGUGUGCUGCAGGAUUCAAAGGACUAGACUACUGCUCUGAGGGGAAGUAUGGAGCGGACUGUAAGCAGACAUGUCACUGUGCACAUGGAGACACCUGCAGUAAGGAUACAGGAGAAUGUAGCAGUGGCGUUUGUGACUUUUCAUACUUCGGAAUCAACUGUCAGUGCACAAAUCGUCCAGUGGAGUUGACACCGACCUCCAUCUUGCAGCGCAGCCUCAGUUUUUCCUGGCGAAGUCCACUCUGUCCAAACUUUGGCACGAUCACCGGGUUCGUCUAUACGCUGACCGACGUUAAAUCUGGACCUGUGCCGCCAGUUUUCAAUACAACAGAGAACUCAGUUACCAUCGAUGGAUUGAUGCCUCACACGGUGUAUAGCUUUCAAGUUGCAGCCAUAACGACUGUAGGAAGAGGAAUGUACAGUGAACCUCUCAUUGUAACCACAAUGGAGGCAGAGCCAUCAGCGCCCCCACAUGUCAACAUUCAGAACAGUGAUGAUGUUUCAAUCACAAUCACGUGGUCACCACCCAACUCACCGAAUGGUAUCAUCACCAACUAUGACAUUACUUACUGGAAGUCGGUUGACGCCGGGACACAAACUCUGAGAAAUAACGUUGGUGUGUCGCCGCUCGUGUACCACGUGGAUGGUCUGGAAAUGUCCACUAUGUACUACAUACAAGUUCGGGCCAAGACCUCUGCAGGUGCAGGUCCGUGGAGCGACACAGCCACUGCAUCCACACAAAAUGCAGGUACGACCGAUACACAGAUAAAUAGACCGAACGUAGCAGCUAUCGUUCUCGGGGUCCUGUUAGCUAUUGCUAUUGCUGCCAUCAUCAUCGGCUGUGUGGUGUGUAGGAAACGAGAUCGAGACCGCAACAGUGCUCCAAAUACAUCGAGGCUGAACGUCACUGACAAACAUGAGCUUCCUGUUGUGAGAAAUGCUAGCAUGCAUGGCAUUCAGUCUCCGAUCUCAGACGAUAUUGAAAGGGACAUCUACGAAGACGUUGGCUUACCAGUCUGGGCUAAGGGACUGGAAAUCCAAUGGAGGAAUCUCACGAUUGAGGAUAAGGUACUCGGCAAGGGAAACUUUGGAGAAGUGAGAGCAGGCAGUCUCAAGAUACGAGGGGAAGUGUCCAAAGUGGCCAUUAAAACUCUCAAAGGUAAAUACAAAUCGAUGUCAGGCCGAUAA